AUGAGAAAGUGUCAAAUAAAACCAAUAAAUUCAUCAAGAAAAAGCACCAGUUUUCACCCGACUAUCGACUGCUUCCUUCAAUCCCACCCUAAAAUAGAAAAUCUAAGGCCUCUGUGCUCAGGUCAUGUUCUUCAAGACGCGGAAGAGUAUGAUAAGGUCUCGUCCUCUGGAGGAAUUGGCGAGAGAUAUUCGGAGGACUCGACCCAAAGCAGCAGGGAGGCGAUCUUCCUCUGGAAGGGAAAGGCCCUGCAAGAUGAACCUCUUCUGGGAAUUGUCUAUCUCUCUAAGGGCUUUGUAGUCCGCAUGCUUUUGAGACUGGCACUUGCAAACUCGGCACAUUUUAACAAGAUCCUCCAUGUCAUCAACGGCUACUUCCAGUCUGUCAGAAUAAAAGAAGAGGACAAGGCUAAAGAAAGAUGGAUAAGAAAAACGUACUUCCUUCUUCCCUUUCCAAUCAGUCUCAAACUUUCUCUUAAAGAAUGGGGAUCGGGCACUCAAGAUAAGUCUGUGAGCUUCAAGGGGUCUUCCUUGUACAUAAAAUACAAUAUCAGGAGGGGAGUAACUGGAAUUGGAUUCUCCAUUCAACGCAUUACCUACAUAGGCCCGAUUGGCUUUGCAGGCCAGGAGGGUGUCUCUGAGGGCGGCCUGCAAUGGUUGGAGAGGGGGGGGCCGGGCCUCGAAGGCCUUGAGCAAUUUGCGGACCUUGAGAUUGAGAGCGGCGUAGUGGCAGCGAUCGCCAUCGAAGGUGUGCUCGGAGCAGAUGGCACCGCUCUCGAGCAGCAUACACGCGACUUCGAGAUGGCCGGCAAGGCAGGCAUAGUAGAGCGCCACCGAGUCCCACUGAUCCCGUGCAUUCACGUUCACACCGCACUCCAAUAG